UCGGGUCACGUCACUUGGAGUAUCUUCCAUCAGUUCUCCACAGGCAAUUCCCAUCUCUAAUGUAAAUGAUCCAACAAACCAAAUGGAUAGCCUGCCGGAUUUAACUGGCCAACUAAAUCGUACAAGUCCUUAUGCCACUUCUUUCGGAGGUCUGAGUGACAUCUGGCGAUGCACAUGGAACAGGAAUGGUCGCACUAUCGUACUGUAAAGUCAGUCAGGGGUCAAGCACUAGAUGAAGAGGAUGCGAAGAAAAAAAGCAGGAGGUUUCGCCGUGAGCUCAAAGUUUGGUCGAGACUUAGGCACGAUAACAUUGUCCCACUGUACGGCACUGUAUCCGGCUUUGGCCGAUUCAUUGCCCUGGUUUGCCCUUGGUAUGAUAACGGAUCGCUUUCAAGUUAUCUGGAAUCCCAUGGUGAAACCUUGUCCAUAAUCAAUCGUUUUCAACUGCUCAGUGAUGUUUCUGCUGGUCUUCAAUACCUUCACUCGUGCUCUGUUGUUCACGGCGAUCUUACUGGGUCCAAUGUCCUUAUCUCAUCCAAUGGGAGGGCAUGUCUAUCCGACUUUGGUCUCUCCGUUCUAGUUGUGGACUUCGUGGGCACGUCGUAUUUCACGUCUGCCUUGAAUGGCACUGUGCGUUGGAUAGCACCCGAACUUCUCGCAAUUCCCGAAGAAGGUGAAAUCAUGAUCCCGACAUCAAAUAGCGACAUAUAUUCGUUUGGCUGUAUUUUUUUCCAGGUAUUGACGGGCAAACCACCCUACUCCGAGUUCAAGCGAGACGCACAAGUCGUGGUCGCAAUUUCUCUCGGAACAAAACCGUUGCGUCCUGAGUUUCCUGCGAUCAUUGAUCACUAUUGGAAUUUUAUUCUGGAUUGCUGGUCCAUCAAGGACUGUAGACCAUCUUCUCAGCAGGUAGCUGAAUAUAUUAAAGACCAGCUCUACCACUUACAGCAUGAUACACCAUCUCCGGACUAAUUACUUGAGGCUGGCUUACUAUCAUGCCUGUCUGUACGGAUUGGACUUCUUAUUCUCGUGCAACAAAAACCAUUUGAACCAAGUCCUGUAUUCUCGGAAGUUCCUUUACAGCUAUUAUCUGAUGCAACGAGGCCACGCUCUCUCUGAAUGGCUGCUGAAUGCCAUCA